AUGGCAGACCCUUCUCCAUCCCCUGUUGUCGCAGCGGUGAAUAAGCGGCCUCAGAUGAAGACCAGUGUGCCAUACGAGGUCUUUCUCCAUGUUGUUGAACAGCUUAUCGGUACAGCAAAGGACCCCUACGAUGUCAAGGUCUGGUCUCUCGCCUACAAUCACAGCCUGGCCACCAAGCUGGUGCUCAACGAUGUCAACAUCUUAGAGGCCAAGCCACAGACCACUACUCACAAGCGCCACCAGAAGCUUUGCCUUGUCUCGCAGAUCAACCAGCAGUCCCGACGCAUGACCGAGAAGACCUUCACUAGACUCCCAUUGAUGGUCGCCAGUCCCGACGGUCUCACUCGCCUCCUUUGCCCAGUCAAGGCAUACGUCCCUCUGACAGACGAGUUUGUCCCUUUCUUCACAUCUCUGCAAGAAGGCCGCGAGGCCGAACAGUUCAUCUACGACCAAGCGGUGCUCCUGCCCUCUUCUUCCGGCUACGCCCUACUCUCUCGCGUCGAGAAGAUCUUCCUUCUGCGCUUGCGCUACCUCAUCACUGCAAACGAGGAGUCUCUUUCAACCCUGGUCAGACUCCCGAACCUCAAGUCAAUCACCUUCAAUGUUGGAAGAUUCACCAGCAAACUUCGCAGCAGCAUGAAGCCAGGUCUCCAUGAGGUCGACCCGAAGAAGUUUCCGCGCCUUGCACAAUUCUGCACUCAGGACUCUGAAGCACUCAGAAUUCUAUGGGCCGACCAUCUUGAAGCAAGAGGAGUCAAGCUCUUUGGUGUCAUCGACAACGACCAGCUCCCCAUCAUCGAGUUACACCCGAGUCGUGACAAGAUCAUGAUCACAUACAUUCUGCCUUACGCUGACGAAGCCGUCGAAGAGUUGACAGAGCGCAUGAAGCAUGUCAUGGACCUCAUGAUAAUCUGA